AAGAGCUAGGAAAGAGCUGCAAAGCGCUAUAGGCUUUUUCCUUUUUUUUUUUUUUUUUUCCUUUUGUUGUUGUUCCUUUUAAUUACCCCCUCCUCCUUUUGCACCCUUCUCCGGACUUCACGCAGAACCUGCGAAUUUCGAAGAGGUGGUGGCAGAGUGAGAGAAAAGAGGUGUCAGGGUUUGGGUUUUUUUCUUUUUUCUUUUUUUUUUUUCCGAUUUCAACACUUUCUCCCACCCUCUCGGCUGCAGCCAACUCCUCUUACCUGUUCGGCGGCAGUCGCGCGCCGCUGGCAGCGGAGGGUUAGAAAGGAGAGGGGUGUAUUUUAGAUUUUAAGCAAAAUUUUGAAAGACAAACCCAUCUUUCUCCCCCACCCCCUUCUCCAUAGCCUCUGAGCUCUCGGUGGUUGGUUUGGGGGUGAGCAAUUUUGUGGCUUUUUCACCCUACAAUCCUGACCAGAGCGGACUUGGGGGUUCCUCCGGUCUCCGCUGACUCUGCGUGCACCUGGCGCUACCCGCUUCCCCCCCAACCUGUUGCAAGUCUUUAAUCCUUGCGAUUGGGACUUGCUUGCAGGCACCCCAGUCCUCCAUCUCUCACUACAUUUUGCAAGUGUCUGGAGGAGGGCACCUGCUCUACCUGCCAGAGAUUUAAAAAAAAAAAAAAACUCCCUGCUCCCUCUUGGCCCCUUUCUCCCUGCUCUGUCGCUUUCCUGCCCCGCCCCGAGGUAAAAGGGGAGACUCGGAGAAGAUGGUGCUCACCGCGGUCCUCCUGCUGCUCGCCGCCUGUGCGGGGCCGGCCCAGAGCCUGGGCUCCUUCGUGCACUGCGAGCCCUGCGACGAGAAAGCCCUCUCCAUGUGCCCCCCCAGCCCCCUGGGCUGCGAGCUGGUCAAGGAGCCGGGCUGCGGUUGCUGCAUGACUUGCGCCCUGGCCGAGGGGCAGUCGUGCGGUGUCUACACUGAGCGCUGCGCCCAGGGGCUGCGCUGCCUCCCCCGGCAGGACGAGGAGAAGCCGCUGCACGCCCUGCUGCACGGCCGCGGGGUUUGCCUCAACGAGAAGAGCUACCGCGAGCAAGUCAAGAUCG